AUGAAGAGAUCUAUGUCUUAUUCCGAGUCAGACCAUGCUCACAAGAAACCUAAAACAGAGGACGAUGCUAGUGAUUCGUCUACCAUGACGAGCCCUUUCACAAGCAGAAUUCCAGAGAGCGAUUUGUGGACGGUGACUCGUUUUCUUGGAAAAGGCUCAUACGGAUCUGUUCACUUAGCCGAGAGAACGACCAAGGGAAAAGAAGCGUAUCUUCCUCAAGAGAUGGUAAUCAAAACCACCGAGCUCUCACAGUCUUCCCAACUCCAGAACGAGAAAAGAUUCUUAAAACUUCUCGAAACCAACCCGUACGUUGUCUCCUACCACGGCAAAAAGAUCACACACGACAAGAAGACCAAGAAAGCGUAUUACAACACGAUUCUCGAGUACUGUCCUAGCCAAUGCCUCGCUAAGCACAUCAAACGCCACAACGGAAUCGGAUUACCUGAAGAAGACGUGAAGAGAUUCGCUCUCGACAUCUUGAUCGGUCUCAGGUACACACAUGCAAAGAAGAUCAUCCACUGCGACAUAAAACCAAAGAACAUCUUACUAGCUGACGAGAGUACGGGCCUGAGAGGGCCCAAUGGGCUUUUCGCAAAGAUCUCUGGUUUUGGGAAAGCGAUGGAGAAAGGGUCGACUGAGUAUGGUGAUGGGUGGGGACAUAGGAGAGGCACGACAAGGUUUAUGUCCCCGGAGCUUAUAGUGGACAAGGUUUUGGACUAUGGUGUUGAUGUUUGGGCCUUUGGUUGCACGGUUCUUGAGAUGUUGACAGGAGAAAGGGUUUGGAGCGAGCAUGGAGAGCUUGUUUGGGAAGAUUGGAUAGAUCUCAUUGGUGUAAGCGAUCUCGUUCCGUAUAUGCCUGGUGCUUUGUCUGAAGAAGCUAAAGAUUUUGUGUCAAAGUGUUUGGAGAAAGAGCCCUCUGAAAGGUGGAGUGUUGACAGCUUAAUGAAGCAUCCGUUUCUUAGCUGGACUAAUCAAUACGCUGAAGAAGAGGAGGAGGAAGAGGAAGAAGAAAUAUUUGAUGAAGAAGAAGAAGAAGUAUAUGAAGAAGAAGCUAUUGAGAUAGAUGAAGAAUACCCUAAAGAGGACUGGGAAGAAGAAGAUCUAUAA